AUGGGUGUGUUUGAAGAUGCUAUUGAAGUGCUGAAGAAUGCAUUGGUCAAAGAGAACAAACCAUACACUUAUAAAUUAUUAAGUAGACAUUUGAAUAUUCAUGUUAAUGAUUCCAAAAAAUUAUUAUAUUCAUUCCAUCAGAAAUAUCAAGAUCUUGUUGAUGCUCAUUAUUUGAUCAGUGGGAGAUUGAACAAUUCUACUGAUUUAACCAUCAAAAUUACUAAAGAUAUUAAUGAAAAGGAUAAAUUUGAUCAAAUUCAAUCUAUACAAAUAUAUUCAUUAAGUCCAAAAAAUAUUGAAAUUAAUGAAAUAUUAUCUACUGCUAAUGCACAAAUUAGAGAAAUACCCGUUGAUGCUGAAAAAUUAGCUAAAUGGGGUGUGAUUAAAGGUCCUGAGUUGGUGAAAAUUGAUCAAUUAUCAACAAGUUCAAAUACAAAUACAUCAAGUAGAUCAAAUACAAAUACAUCAUCAAGAUUACCAAUUGGUGGUGAUAAUAAAGAACAAGAUCAACCUACUAAAAAGAAGAAUGAUUUCCCAGAUAUGGGUCUUAGAUCUGCACAAAUCUUGAAUAGAAAUAAAAAGAAAGAUGAUGAUAAACCAAGAGCAAGAACUGCAACACAACCAACAUUUGGUUCUUCUAUGAAGAAAUCAAAUACUAAACAAACUUCAUUACAACAACAACCUUUAAGAUCACGUACAGAUCCAACACCAAAAUCAAGUGGAUCUGGUUCAAAACCAAUUGAAAUUGAUGAUGAAGAAACUAUUCAAAAGAAGAAAAUCACUCAACAAGAAAAGGAUAAAAAACAGAAAGAACUUGAAAGUAUGUUUGAUGAUGAUGAUGAUGAUGAUGACUUUGAAGCUUCACAAAGUAGUAAGAAAGAUGAUGCUAAACCUGAAAAGGAGGAAACUUCAAUAGAGGAGAUCAAAGAUGAUAAAGAUGAUAUACAAGAAGUUAAAAAUUCCAAAAAUGAUGAUCUUGAAGGAAUAUUUGAUAGUAGUUUUACUCAAUCACAAAGUCAACAAGAACCACAACAAAAGGAACAAACCAAAGAUGAUACACAAAAAAUUGAAGAUGAACCUGAACCUAUAUUAGAAACCACAAAAGAUCAACCUAUACAAGAAGAACCAGAAACAACAAGUUAUUAUGAUGAAGAUGGUUAUUUAGUCACUGAAGUUAAAGAAAAACCAAAACCAAAAACUCAAUCUAAACCAAAACCAAAAGCAAGAACUGCAACUCCUCCGGCUUCUAAUAAUCAACCAGCUUCAAAGAAGGCUAAAAUUGGUAAGACUGGUGGGAAACAACAAACUUCUUUGAUGAGUUUCUUUGGUAAGAAAUGA